AAGAGCUCCCAGCUGCAGGCAGCAUCUGUUCUGCACACACCAUGCAGGGGCUGGUUCUGCUGUGGGCAUGUCUGGUGCUACCAGUUUCAGGUAAUGGAGCCAUGAAGGGCCCGAAAGAGAUAAGCGGCUUUGAAGGCGACACCCUGGCUGUGAGAUGUACCUACAGCCAAGAGUGGAUAAAGCAUGGGAAAUACUGGUGCAAGCAGGGCGGGCUCCUGAUCUCCCGCUGCUCGAACACCAUCUACACCAGAGGUGACCAGGAGGUGACACAGGACAGGUUGUCCAUCCGGGACAGCCCCCAAGAGCUCGCGUUCACAGUGACAGUGAAGCACCUCACCCUGGAAGAUACUGGGAAAUACUGGUGUGGUGUCAACAUCCUGGGCCCCGAUAAGAUUUUUGAGGUGACGCUGAUUGUCUUUCCAGGAAAUCGGGGCAGCGCCAGUACCACUGGCCACUGCUGUCCACCUCCCACUCCCUCCUUCCAGCCUCUUAUCGCUGUACGGAGCCUGCAGCGCCCACAGCCCAAGUCAAAAGGUUGGCGUACUCAGCCCCAAGAAUUGAUGUCUUCUGAUCUCCGCCCGACAAUCACCACAGUCAAGCAGGGGAAAACAGGGAUCGAGGCCACACCGUCCACAGGGGUGGCCCCAAAAUGGCCUGCAACACCCUCCCCCUACCCAGGAACCUCUCCACAGGCAGAGACCUCUCCUCAUACAACGACCUCUCCCCAUGCAGGGAGUUCCCAUCCAGCCAUCCUGGUGGACUCCACCACAGCUGAGGACACCAAUCCUGUCCCCAGCGGCAGCCGCUCCAAGCACAGUGUGACCAUCCCAAUGGUUCGUAAGUUGGCUCCAGUCCUGGUGAUCUUGUCACUUCUGCUGGCCACGGGCCUCAUUGCCUUCGGCAGCCAUAUCUUCCAGUGGAGAAAGAAAGCUCAGCUGGCCAUGGAAACACAGAAAAAUGAACAGAAGGAUGAGAAGGUCUACCUUCCAGGCUCGACCACAGAGGAAGAGGAGGCUCCUUCCGAGGACCCCAAGGGAAACAUGAUCUUGGCUCCUGCCCUCCAGAUGUCUCAGGAGGAGCCGGACUUCUCAGAGUUCAUCCCUGUGUAAUUCAAACCCCGCCCUCCUGGCCCAUCCAGAAAGCCGAUUGGCUGAAUUUGUACUAAUUCUCCUGAAAGUUUUGCCACAGCCUCAGGAUCCAUCUCCCCCAACUCCCCAGGUCCCCUUCCUGUGGGCAUGGUGGUUUCAUGUCCCUGGGCAGGGUGCACAGUUGUGGACCCUCAGCAGGGCCAGGCAAGGCUCAGCAGAUCUGGGCUGAGUUUUGUUUCCUCCAGGACCCCUCCUCCCUGUCCCACCCUAGGUAGCCAAUGGCAGGCCUUGCUUCCCCCACCUCCCCCUGCCCCAUGCCCACUCUUCCCCCUGAAAUUCUCCUGCAUCCUCUGCUGAGAGGGGGGAAGUAGGUUGUACACCAACUGUACCUUAGCCCUUCAAAUUUCCAAGCCCUACAGACACCCACCAAAACCAUCUGAAGCCUAGGCCCAGGACUCUGCAUUUUUGAUGUACCCAGUGAUUCUCAUACCUGACUGUGAGGACUCAUCUGUGGCCUGAUGGACUCUCUAGCUUAGAGAGUCCAUAUUGUAGUGUGUGUAUAGGGCGGGGGAGUGGGGAGAGGAAAAUCUCCUGCAUGAUCUCUCCUGAUGUGUCCAUGACCCAACAGGGGCUUCCUGGGGCCUCCCUGGUCAGGGAGGGGGCUUGGCUCCUUCCUUGUCCAGAAAGAGUUAAUAUUCUAUGUGCUCAGGUGGCUGGGAGAAGGUUGGAAGCUGAAGAUGGGUAUCAAAAGGGGAAGAGGAAGCGAACUUAAAGGACCCUGAAUCCAGCCCCCUGGAGAAAUAGAAAGUGGAAAGUAGCAGAAGGGCAAAGGUCAGGAGGGAUGAUCAACUGCAGGCCAUGUGUCCAAUUUCUGUCUGUGGGCUUUCUGUUAUCCAUCCAGAUAGACGCAUGUGGUUAGCCCAAAUCCCACAUUCCAGUGGACAGCCUCGCCUAUCCACCUUCUGGCAAAAUGGCCUUUGCUAGAAAGUUCUUUGCCAGGAACAUAGUUACUAGGGAUUGUAACUAUGCUCACUUCACUAUAGCAAGAAGGCAAACAAGUUUAAUGUCUGGUGAUAGAGCAUCAGUUAAGUCAUCUGAGGCACACUGAUACAAUGACACAUUCUUCAGCUGAUAAAUGCCAUAUAAAAGAUUUGGAAAGCCUGGAGACCUGUGUAUAAUUGUGAAGGAGGAAAGCAGUCAAGUUGUAGAUGCAACAAGUUACUUGGUAGACAGAACAUCAGGGAAUUAUGUGUAAGAAAAAAAAAACAAGAGGGGAAAUACAACCAAAUGUGAGGUGGGCUGGGUGGUGGUGAGAGCAUGCAGGAUGUGUGUGUGUGUGUGUGUGUGUGUGUAUGUGUGUGUGUGUGUGAAACCAGCUUGUAUAAAACCCAGGGUCUCCCCUUCGUCGCUAUCUGAAUUCUUUCUGGCACUAGCCUGGUUUGGGUUGCUGGCAAUAAACUCCUUUAUCCUCCAGUCUUGAUCUU